CACUGCAGCCUGUGCGUCGCCCAGAUACCUCAAGCGUCGGGGAGAGAGGACCUCUUUUGGUGUUUUGGGAGAAGGCCGUCGUGUGGUUCUCGUGAUCCUAGCGGGGACGAGAGAGAGGUGGCCGACCUGUCAGCUUUCCACUGCUCGCGUGAUUGCAUUGCCUGUAGGUUCCGUCUACCCAGCCAUUGGUGCAGGUGGGUCUGCCUGUUAUCCGCUAUGCCGCUGCCUGUUGCAUUGCAGACCCGCUUGGCCAAGAGAGGCAUCCUCAAACAUCUGGAGCCCGAACCAGAGGAAGAGAUUAUUGCUGAGGACUACGAUGAUGACCCUGUGGACUAUGAGGCCACCCGGUUGGAGGGCCUGCCACCAAGCUGGUACAAAGUGUUUGACCCAUCCUGUGGGCUCCCUUACUACUGGAAUGUGGACACCGACCUCGUAUCCUGGCUCUCCCCGCAUGACCCCAACUCCGUCGUUACCAAAUCUGCCAAGAAACUCAGGAGCAAUAAUGCAGAUGCUGAGGAGAAGCUGGAGCGUGGCCACGAGAAAUCAGACCGGAACCAUGAGAAGCCAGACCGGAGCCACGAGAAGUCAGACCGGAGCCAUGAGAAGUCGGACCGGAGCCAUGAGAAGUCUGACAGAGAUCGAGAACGUGGUUAUGACAAAGUGGACAGAGAGAGAGACCGGGACCGGGACCGGGACCGGGACCGCGGGUAUGACAAGUCAGACAGGGAAGAGAGCAAGGAGCGGCGCCAUCAUCGCAGAGAGGAGCUGGCUCCCUACCCCAAGAGCAAGAAGGCGGCAAGCCGGAAGGAUGAAGAGUUAGACCCCAUGGACCCCAGCUCCUACUCGGACGCGCCUCGGGGCACGUGGUCAACAGGACUCCCCAAGCGGAAUGAAGCCAAGACGGGCGCAGACACCACAGCAGCGGGGCCGCUCUUCCAGCAGCGUCCCUACCCGUCUCCGGGAGCUGUGCUCCGGGCCAAUGCUGAGGCCUCCCGAACCAAGCAACAGGACUGAGCCUCCCCAUCACCCCACUGCCAUCCCCGGGGUUUUUAAUAAAAGCUUUUCAAUGGAUCGUG